UUACGUUUUCGUUGGGCUGGCCAAAAAGAAAGUUGGCUCAAAAGCUCGACAUGGCCUAUAUUAGGGUCACAGUUAGUAGUAGUAUUUCGUUGUUUCGAUGAGUUUGUCCCCACGCUCUGUUCUGGCCGUCGGGGGCGUCUUCCUGGGCUGCUGCAGUGGCGUGGUGUUCCUGGAACUUCUGGUAAAGCUGGAUCCGGGUGCCGGCAACCUGGUUACAGCCACCCAGUUCGCCUUCAUAGCUCUCGAGGGCUUCAUCUUCACCUCAAAGUUCGGUCGGGCCAAACGGGUGAUCGAUCUGAGAAGCUAUGUCCUCCUGGUGGCAAUGUUUUUCCUCACCAGCGUUUGCAAUAACUACGUAUUCCAGUACAAUGUACCUAUGACGCUCCACAUGAUAAUACGCGGCGGUUCCCUCAUAUCCAACAUGUGCCUGGGAACGCUGGUGCUAAAGAGGAGGUACAGGAUCAGCCAAUACAUAUCGGUGCUCAUGAUCACCGUGGGAAUAUUCAUCUGCACCUACUAUUCAAGUCAGGAGGUUGCGGACCACAAGGAUUACAGGGAAGUGGACAUCUUUUGGUGGCUGGUGGGCGUACUGCUCUUGGUGCUGGCCCUGUUCAUCUCCUCCUACAUGGGCAUUACCCAGGAGCUCCUGUACCGGAAACAUGGGAGCCAAUGUGCCCGGGAAGCUCUCUACUAUACUCAUUUGUUGCCGCUUCCCGCCUUCUUCCUGAUGCACGACAACAUAAGGACGCACUGGAGUCUAGCCUUUGAGGGGGACACCUACCGCCUGCCCCUGCUGGGCCUGGCUGUACCCCUUUUCCUUCUCUAUUUAGUAGGCAAUGUGCUGGCCCAGCAUCUGUGCAUUAGCUCUGUGUACUCGCUGACAACGGAAUGCAGCUCGCUGACGGUCACCCUCAUCCUGACCCUGCGCAAGUUCAUCUCCCUGGUGUUCUCCAUCGUGUACUUCAGGAAUCCCUUCACCCUGUACCACUGGCUGGGUACUGUACUCGUUUUUGUGGGCACACUGAUGUUUGCAAAUGUGAUCAAAGCUCCAAUGAGGGCGGAGCCACAAGCUGAAGCUGUGAAACAGGAUUAGACCUGACUUUUGUGACGAACAAUGAUAUAAUUCCAUUUACAUUUUACAUUUAAGUACAAGUACAAGUAAUUACAGAAUAAAAUUAAAAUUAAAAGA